UUAUAUUUAUGACUCUCUCAAGUUCUCCUUCAAGAAUUCCUCAUGAAAAACCCUAAUUAAUUGUGUGAUGUACAGUAGUAUAUAGGGAUUUAAUUUCAAGGAAAAAAUGAGUUCGAAAGUCUCUUGCGAUGGCACUAGUGUUGAAGCAGGGGGUUGCGGUGGUGCAGGAAGCAGCGGCGGUGGCGGAGGUGGCGGUGGUAGUAAUGGACCAUGUGGAGCAUGCAAGUUCUUGAGAAGAAAGUGUGUGCCGGGGUGCAUUUUUGCACCCUACUUUGAUCAAGAUCAAGGUGCAGCUUAUUUUGCAGCCGUGCACAAGGUGUUUGGAGCCAGUAAUGUGUCGAAGCUCCUCCUCCACAUUCCGUUGCACAAACGGCUCGAUGCGGUGGUGACCAUUUGUUAUGAGGCUCAGUCCCGCCUUAGAGACCCCGUCUAUGGCUGUGUUUCCCACAUUUUUGCCCUUCAACAACAGGUGAUGAAUCUGCAGUCCGAUCUUUCCUACUUACAAGGCCAUCUUGCGGGGCUGCAAAUUCCAACUCCACCACCUCCUCCUCCUCCACCGGUGCAGCCACUAGUAAUGCCACCGGUACUAUCGAUUUCGGACUUGCCGACAUCCGCCAUAGUGCCACCAACAUAUGACUUAUCCUCACUGUUUGACCCAGUUGGGCAAACUCAAUGGAUGUUGCAGCUCCCUCAUCAGCAAACAGAUCCAUGUCAGUAUGGUGGCGGAGCCACAAGAGCGCCACCGGAGAUGUCACCUUCAGGCUCCGGGGCAGGUGGUGGUGAUGAUCUUCAAGAACUGGCUCGUGAACUUCUGCAACAACAUGCAAAUCCAACAGUCCCAUGCACACGAGCCCCCCCUUUGCCACCCGACUCCAAGUGAAACUAACUGAUCACCUGUUCAACUAGCAGUACUUGAUAAGGAAAUUAGCUCCCAAUAAUUUUGGUCCGUUUGAUAUUUCUAUGUUCAAAUAAUCUUCUUGUUAUUUUAUUUUAUUUUUUGUUUGUACUCUUUUUGCUAUUGCAAUGAAAUUUACAAUUAAUUCGUAUAUAAACAACGGUAGUUAUCAA